AUGGCUGGAAGUCUCAGCAUGGCUCACGGGAAGAGAAAUCUAGAAAAGAGAAAGAAGCUUUGCGAAAGUUCAUUUUCUAACAAAUACAUCCCCAGUUGGAGAAACCACCCAAAUUUAAGUUGGAGGAAUUACCAAUCAACCCAACCCUCUAAUCAUGCACCAUGCCCUUCUCAAUACACAGUAAAUCAACAGUCAGUUGCAUCAGGAUCACCUCAGUAUCCUACUGCAGAACCUUAUGGGCAUAGGAGGAAUCUUGAGGACAUUGGAAAAUUCCCUGCUCAACCUCAACCUAACCCACAGGGGCAGAUUCAUCAAGUGUCAGAGGCAGUGGAGACUUCCAACACUAAACCAGUAAAAGCUGUAACAACUUUGAGAAGUGGGAAAAUCUUGGUAAAUUCCACUCCUAACUCAGCCACCAUUAGUAAGGAUUCUAUCCCUGAACAUGUUGAAACUAAGGUGAACAACUUUCAAACACAUGCACCUUUUCCUACAAGGUUGACCCCUGUGCACAAAGAUAAGUAUCAUGCUGAAAUUUUUGAAGUUUCUAAACAAGUGAGAAUCAAUAUACCUUUGUUAGAUGCUAUUCAACAAAUUCUCACUUAUGCAAAAUUUCUUAAAGACUUGUGCACUGUUAAGAGAAAAUUGAAUGUAAAAAAGAAAGCCUUUCUCACUAAACAAGUCAGUGCAAUCAGACAAAACAACACUCCUCCUAAGUAUAAGAACCCAGGUUCACCCACUAUUGCUUGUAUGAUUGGAAAUUCAAAAAUUGGGCAUGCUUUACUUGAUUUGGGGUCUAGUGUAAAUCUGUUACCCUACUAUGCUUAUGAAAAACUUGGCUUAGGGGAGUUAAAGUCUACUUCCACUACCCUACAACUAGUUGACAGGUUGAUAAAAAUACCUAGAGGGGUAGUAGAAGAUGUUUUAGUUCAGAUUGAUAAGGUUUAUUACCCAGUAGACUUUGUUGUUCUUGACUUGAAACUUUCAACAAACUCCUUGUUUCAAGCACCAAUAAUUUUGGGAAGGCCAUUUCUGGCCACUUCCAAUACUCUAAUAAAUUGCAUAAGUGGUGUGCUUAAACUAAGUUUUGGGAAUAUGACAUUAGAACUAAAUACUUUUAAUCUAUGCAGACAGCCCCAAGAAGUGGAAGAAGUGCAAGAAGUGAAUAUGUUGGACAACAUUAGCUCAGAAAAUUGCCAUUUAUCCUAUCAACUUUGUGAUUCACUAAUUGAUUUAGAAAAUAUCAGUAUGUCUAAUGAAGGAAGUAAUGAAUUAUUUUCUGCAUCAAUUGCAAGAAACCCAGCUGAAGUACAAUGGAAGCUAAAGUUUGAAUAG